AUGGCGGUCGCUCACACGCCGCCCAAGGGCGCGUCCAUCGCGACCCUGACCAUCGUAUGCCUCGUCUUCUUCGUCGACAUUGCCAACAUUGGCAUGGCAAACAUUGCCCUGCCCACCAUCCAGACCCAGCUCGGCUAUGACGACGGCUCUCUGCAAUGGGUGCUCACUGCCUAUGCCCUGACGUUUGGAGGCUUCCUCAUGGCCGGCGGUCGACUGGGCGACAUAUUUGGCCACAAGCAUGUCCUGGUAUUCGGCAUGACGCUCUUCAACAUAGCCACGCUCGUCUGCGGUCUCGUCAACCACAGGAUCGGCCUCGUCGUCGGCAGAGCCUUCCAAGGACUUGCGGCCGCAUUCACCAUCCCCUCGGCCCAGUCGCUCGUCGCCCUGUCCUUUCAAGAUCCCCAGGCCCGCGUCAAGGCCUUUGGCGCUUGGGGCGCUGCCGGAUCGACGGGCUUUGUCUUCGGCCCCAUCAUCGGAGGCCUCUUCACCUCGCUGGUCUCCUGGGAAUGGAUCUUCUGGUUCAGCCUCAUCGUCGAAGGCGCCCUCGAAAUCGCCGCCCUCGCCCUCCUCUUCACAAAUGGCCUCCCCGGCCCGUCCCCCUCUCAACCCGACAGUCCCAGCCCCUGGUCCAGGUUGCACAUCCGCCUCGACGUCCUGGGAACCUUCUUCUCCGUCUCCGGCCUGAUACUGCUCGUCUACGGCCUCACCACCGGCAACGUCCACGGCUGGAACAAGCCCGACGUCAUCGCCACCCUCGUCGUCGCCGUCUGCCUGCUCGCCGUCUUUGUCUUCGUCGAGCUCCGCGUCUCGUCGGACCCGAUCCUGCCGCGAUACAUGUUUGACGAUAGAGUCAGGGUCUUGGGCUGUGUCGCUGCCGCCUUGACGUAUGCUGUGUGGCAGGGCAGCAACUAUCUCUUGACGCUUCAGUUGCAAAGCUUUGGCUUCUCGGCCCUCUCCACAGCCGUCCGCUUCCUCCCGCUCGGCAUCACCGCCAUGGUCGUCAACUUUGUCAUCCCCAUGCUGCUCCGACCCGUCGGCUCCCGCAACCUGCUCCUCGCCAGUUGGGCUCUCUGCAUCGCCGGCCUGGUCCUCCUCUGCCGCAUGGCAUCGGCCGACGACUACUGGCGGCUCUGUCUGCCCGGAAUGAUCCUCUACAUUGCCGGCGUCGGCACCGUCUAUUUCGUCGGCAACGUGACCGUCGUUGCCACGGCCUCUGAGCAGCUUCAAGGCACCGUCUCAGGCGUGUACAACAUGUUCUUGAACGUUGGUGGUGCUGUUCUUGGCGUCGCUGUCCUCACCGUCAUCUCCGACUCCGUCACCUCCAACCGUGGCGGCAAACAAGAUCCCGGUGCCCUUCUCGACGGCUACCGCGCCGGCUAUUAUGGCGCCAUUGCCAUGGCAGCCCUCGGUCUUGUCCUUGGUGUCUUCUUCAAGCCCAGCAGGGACAACGGCGAGCCAAGGGACGGGAAUGGCGAGUCUCCUCAGCCGCCCGGGGACGCAGAAGCAGCCCAAGGGCAGAAGGCGUGA